UUUCGCACGUCUGAUGCACUAGAACAAUUACACACAGCAACGGUUAAUCUCCGGAAUAAUUAUCUACAUUUUCCCGUCUUAGUUUGAAUACAACGCUUCAUCCCGGGGAAAUGAACGUCCUUUAAUUUAUUUCAUCUAUGAGGAGGCUGGUACUGGAGAUUUGGCGUCGGGCGUGUAGCGUCACGGGCGGUGUGUCAUUCCACACAGAUCGCAUGUUGAUCACGAAGCCGCUUGAUUCAGAGCUUCGCUUUCUGCGAGACGUGGCAAAUAUUAUAAUUUAAAGGUUUCCUUUCUUUUUUCAAAGAAUGCAAAUGUAACCAUUUUUGUCUGCUAUAACGGAUAGUGUUCUGGAAGCAGGAUGUCCUUCUACGCCGUCAUUAUACCGGUCCUCUAUAUUAUUUUCUCGGCUUGGCAGGUGAGUGCAAAUGAAGACUGCUUGUGGUAUGUGGACAAGAAUGGCACUUGGCACAAUGGCUUUGACUGCCCACUCAUAACCUUCUGCUGUGGGAACUGUCACCGCCGUUACUGCUGCCUGGAUGGCUUCAAGAUGAUCACAGAGGCGGGACAGAAGCGCUGCAUGCUGUUCCAUCUCAGCCCUUCCACUAUAGCUGGCAUUGCUUCAUCGAUCCUGCUCUUUGUGGCUGCUAUAGCAACUAUGGUCUGUUGCUUCAUGUGUUCCUGUUGUUACCUUUACCAGCGCCGCCAGCAACGUGGCAGAACUCCUUAUGAAGCCCAGCACAUUCCAAUGGCCAGCUAUCCUGUGGAGCAUAUGUACGACGCUUAUGGUAAACCCAUUGGACAUCCUGAUUAUCCUGGAUUUCCAAUGGUACCACAGUAUCCAGGUGUCCCUCACCAAUAUCCUAUGAUGCACCAUGGUCCUUAUCCUCCUAAUCCUCCUGAUGCAGGAUACAGUCAAGCAGCUCCUCCACCAUACUCCCCUCCCCAAUACCCAGGGCACUGAAAGAGCUGGAGUCCCUCAGCGAGAAGAAGAUAACCCAUACAAUGGGUGAUGAAGAGGGCCCAUGCUUGUUUGGAAUCCCUUGUAUGAGAAGCGGUUUUAAAAAAUGAUUUAUGUUAUUUAUUUCUUGAUUAUUUUGUGGAGUGAAGCAUGAACUGACUUCGGAAUCGCCUCAUGCCGUCGGAGUGUUUUCUUGUUUGAUGUACAGCAUUCACGUUUCACUAAUCAACAAGACUCUUCCCACUUAAAUCCAGCAACUCGGUGAACUAAAAGACUGCUUGAAAUUUGCCAUUAUAUUUUGUUCAAACUCUCUGAAAUGGACCGUUAAAUAUGACUGUCCUGCAGAAGAGACUGGCUGACAGUUCUGACUUAUCCAGGAUAUAAUUCUCUGUUCCGCCAAAUAAGACGCAGCGUGUGACAUUUGCACUUUAUUCUGCAAUCGACAUGCUUAGCUGUCUUUCCCUGCUUGUUUGUUCAAAAUGUAUUUAUUUUACCGCUAAUCUGAGCAUGUCAUGUGCAUUAACACCAAAUCAUGCUGUACGCUUUUCAUGUCUUAGAUGUCUUAUAGACAGUUAACAUGCGGACAUGAGACAUAGAUGUCUUAUAGACAGUUAACAUGGAGUAUGUAAAUAAGAAAGAACUUACAUUAAGAAAGA